AUGGAUGAAAAUGAUAUGAAACAGACAACUGAAGCAGUGAAGCUAAACCAGAAUAUCAUCAGCAAGAGUCCAAACAAAAUGAACACUGCAGAUGAUUCUACAUCACAAACAAACAGUGUUAAAAAGGGAUUAAUUAGUCUUUUUGAUUCCUUCAUGCUUUGUGCUUUCUGUGCAAAUUGUUGGUUAACAGUUGUACGAAACAUAAAGCCUAGAAUAACAGCUUUCUUAAAGCUAGCAAAUUUGCAGUCAACAUUGAAAAACGAAACAAUGAGCCCAACAUUACUACGCAACAUAACAGGUUUUCGUUCGGACUUCAGUAUAAGAGCCCGAGUCAGUAGACAAUGGAGACCAAAGAAGUUCAACACUGAGAUACGAGUCAGUAGACAAUGGAGACCAAAGAAGUUCAACACUGAGAUAUAUGAUGGCCUGCAUUAUGUUUUAGUAGAUGAGAAGGGUGAUGCGAUUCAUGCUAUCAUUGAAGAAAAUAACUUCCCUUAUAUGACCAACAAGAUGGAACAAGGAAAAGUCUAUGAUAUUUCCCUGCUUCACACUCGAAAUCACCAAAAAUCCAACUAUAAAGUCAUCGAUCAUGAAGCACAGGUCUUUUUCAACCAGAUGACAAAAUUCACAGCAGUUCAGGACACUUUCCCGCUUAUCCCACUGCAUUCAUUUAGGCUUCUGGAAUUUGAUCAAUUGGGUGCAGAGCUGAAAAAACAGAAAGAAGGGCCACUGAAUCAGCAAAUAGUGCUGUCAGUAUUUCUUUUUACAAUAAAAGAUGUUUACGGUUGUGUCAAAUCAAUUGUACCGGAACAUCGAAUUCCUGUCAAGAACAAUGAAAAACUCGAGUCCAUCUGUGAAAUCACAAUGGAAAACCUGAGAAGAGAAGAUCUCAAUAUCACACUUUGGGGUGAUACUGCAAGAGAAUUUAACGUAGAAGCUGUCCGAAGUUUGACUGUACCAGUGCUCGCUGUUUUCACCAGUUUGAGAGUCACUCUCUUUAAAGAGCGAAUUACACCAUCAAGUACAAAUCACACUUGCUUCAUCAUUGAUCCAGAAGUUGCACAAAGGGAUUUAUACAGAAACGAGUUCUCAAGGCCAGGAGACAAGGUUAAGAUAAUUGCAAAUUCAUUCAAGCAACUAACACAAGCAGAACUCAAGGAUCAACAGAGAAAGACUGUUGCUGACUUGAAUGCACUUGAUCCAGACCUAUAUGCGAAAGAAACAGUCUACUCCAUUGCUUCAAUAUGUAGAUUUCCUACGCAUAGCGGCUGGUGGUACAAGGGUUGUCCAAGUUGCCACAAACAACUGAAGCAAAAAGAAGACUCCAAUGAAUUGACCUGCACUAAGCAUGCGAUCCAGACAGCUUUGCCAUGUUACAGAGUAUAUAUGACAAUCAAGGACAAGGACAAUUAUGCCACAGUGAUAGUCAUGGGAAAGGAAGGUGAACAAUUAUUUGGCAGCACCUGUGAAGAUCUCCUUAACAAGAGAACAUAUCCAACUGAACACACAUUGCCAAAAGAAAUUAAGCAGACAAUAGGACAAACAUACCAGUUUCACAUUAAGGUUAAUCCUAACAGUGAACUGGUUGUCAAAAAUAUUGUCCCAGAUCCAGAAGCCUCUCUCCCACUGACAGAAAAAGAGCCAACAAGUGACACGCCAGAUCAGCUUCUCUCAGAAAUAAAAAGAGGAAUCCAUGCAAGCAAAAGAGCUCUAUUUACUUCUGAACCACACAAAACAAGUAAGAGGCAAUCUGAACGGGGAACAACCACAUCAUCAUCAGGAAAAGGAAAGCUGCCUCAGAAGGAUAAAUAUGUCUAAACAUCAGU